AUGUCGACAGUCAAGCUUCCAAACAUCCCAUCACUGCGCCGGCAUCAGCUUCUUCUAGAGUUUGCAAGCUUAAAGCAUGCUCCGCCUCCAGGGGUAUACGUGAGUCUCACCCCAGGAGACCCUUCUCUCUGGUCUGGUGUGCUCUUCGUCCGCAGUGGUCCCUAUGCUUCGGCCAUCCUCCGUUUCAACAUCCGCUUUCCAGCAGCAUAUCCUGAUCUGCCACCGUUGGUGACCUUCUCGACGGAUAUAUUCCAUCCGCUGAUAGUGCCCUUCACCACAUAUACAUUCACCACCGGUUCCUCCAAUGCGGAUCCCGUGAGUGCAACCGAUGAAGAGAGGCUUCCGCCAGGCGGGUUCAGUCUGCGACAUGGAUUCCCUCAUUGGUUUGGCAGGGCCCGAAGGAGCACGGGCGCCUCAGUGGCUUCAUCGAGGAACGUGAGCGGCAGCGCUCCCGCGAGUGCUGGUCGGGACUCUAUCGGUUCCGCUGGCAGACCGUCCGAGCCGGGAAGUAACGAGCAGAAAACGCAGAACGAUGCAGCGGGACCGUCGAGUCCUCGACAGGACGAGCAGGAUACUGGUAAUGAUGCCUCAGGAUUGAAUGCUCCAGCAGGCGGUGUUAGUGCGAGCCAGCGCGUAUCACCAGUUCCUUGUGCGGACCGACCUGGCGAGUAUAAGAAAGAUGUGCCGGUAGUAGCAUUGCUGAACUACAUUCGGUCCACAUUUGAUGACGAGAAAGUCUUGGAUAGCCUGCCUCUCGAGGCGGCUGGAGACCCAGGAGCGUGGCACGCGUGGCGGGCUCACCGUCGUCUACCGGGUGCGAGUUCCACGGGAGAUGCCAGCUCAAAGAAAGGGAAUCCCCAGGCCAGACGUCCUGGUGAAUGGAACUGGGAGGGAGUUUGGGAGAAACGAGUCCUUUCUGGCAUUGCUGCGAGCCAAUCAGAUGCCAUGUUAUUUGGCGGCACUCCGCGCAGUGGUAGCGACGAAACAAUACGCUUCUUGAACAUGGACGAGGCCAGCUUGGCGAAUGUUAAGCGAAUCAUCAUCCCGCAGACGGAGGAGGUUCAUGAGUGA